AAAUUCAGAUGAGGUUAAGGUGGUAUAAAAAAUGCAUGGCAAAAAUGAAAAGCUUCUUCUUCUCUCUACUAUUCUGGAAAAUUGGCUAAAAUUAAAAAGACCCAAGGACACAGAAACCGAAAGCAAGCCUCUGGGUAUCUCUUGUCAAAAACCAGCACCACCACUUCCCCAAUGUGAUUGAGCAAGCAAGAUAUGAGCAAAAGGGACAAGAAGGAGAAGAAUUCUCCUUCUUCUCUCUUCUAAUUCUUUCUUAAAACACACACACACACAACAAAAAGAGAUAAGGGAAGAGACGUAGGUCCUUGUUAAAAGAAGAAGAAGAAGAAUGCAUGAUUCCUCCAACUCGGAUGCUUCAGCAUUUCCAUUUCGAAGCUCUUGUCACAGGCGGGCCCACUCAGAUGUUCCAUUCCGGGUCACGGAUGACUUGGAUCUGGUUCCUGAUGAGUUGGUAUCUGAAGAGGACCUCUUUUGCUCUUAUAUGAACAUGGAGAAACUUGGAUCCAGACCUGAAGAAGGACCCUCUGGGCUGAAACAGGACAAUGCCGGUCAUGAGUCAGCUAGUGGUGGUGGUGAUGGGGUUCAAGACGUGGAGGAAGAGCAAGAAAAAGCAUAUGUGAGGCCGAGGCAUAAGCAUAGCAAUUCAGUUGAUGGGUCUUCUUUAAUGGAAUCUAUUGACUCUAAGAAAGCUAUGGCUCCUGAAAAACUCGCUGAGUUGUGGGCUCUUGAUCCUAAACGAGCCAAAAGGAUUAUGGCCAAUCGGCAGUCUGCUGCUCGCUCGAAAGAGAGGAAAGCCCGGUAUGUAUCAGAACUUGAAAGAAAAGUGCAUACCCUUCAGACAGAGGCAACUACACUUUCUGCACAACUUACACUGUUCCAGAGGGAUACAUCAAGUCUGACUACUGAGAACUCAGAGCUUAAGCUUCGAUUACAAGCUAUGGAACAACAGGCUCAAUUACGUGAUGCUCUGAAUGAAGCGCUAAAGAAGGAAGUAGAGAGGCUCAAGUUUGCCACUGGGGAAAUAAUGACACCAACAGAUAGCUAUAAUUUGGGAAUUCAGCAUAUUCCGUAUAACCAUUCUCCCUUGGUUUCACCAAGGCCACGACCUGGGUCAGUUGAUGCCUUAAACAUACAAAUCCCACAGUUUCAUCCUCUCCAAUCUAACUUGUCACCUCGUCAGCCAGGAAUUGCUGCAUCGCAUUCCCAUGCCUUGUCAGAGAUGUUGCCACAGGAUCCUCUCAGAUGGUUGCAGGGCUUUGAUAUCAGCAGCAGAAGCUCUGUUCUGGUUAGAUCUGAAUGCCCCUCAAUAUCUGCCAGUGAAGACAGCAGUCUUUGACGAAAUUUUGCUGAUAUACAGUUGACCCCCACCCUGUUUCUUGGAUUGUUCAUACUUCAUAGAUUGACCAUAUUGACAACCAAAUGCAUUUUUCAUUUGAUGUUGAUUCUUUAACUGUAAGUGUACUCAACGGUAUUUGGAAACUUUCCAAGUAACUUAUUCAUGAGGAUUUGUCUGUACAAAUUAAAAUUUCAUUUUUAUUUUUUCUGGAGAAACUUACUGGACUACAAGGUUAUUUCCUGACCGAGAUGGGUAUUUUCA